AUGGAUCACAAAACCAAUGAAGAAAAGAAGCGGCAAGCUUUCAGGGCCGCUUGCAUCAGACUGAAAGCAUAUCUGGCUGAGAAGAGACUGGCCAGAGAAGAACAACUAUAUGAAGAGGUAUCGGCCAGCACGGCCGAUAUAAUUGAAGAGGGUUUUGAAAAACUGGAUGCAAUCCAACUUGAAGAUUUGGAGUCAGCCCCUUCCAAGAUGGAAGAUAAUAAAGCAGAGGUGCAAGAUCCUUUAUUGGAAAUAAAUGUUGAGAUGCCUGGCCUGUCUAGAAAAUUGGUAGAACAUAGAUUACCGAUCAAGAAAGAUUUUCAGCCAUAUAAACAACCACCAAGAAGGAUGUCUUCGGAAGUAGUGCUCAAAAUUAAAGAAGAAAUUGAAAGACUUCUUAAGGCAGGAUUUAUUCGAACAGUUAGGUAUGUUGAAUGGUUGUCUAAUGUUGUUUCUGUAAUGAAGAAGAAUGGCAAACUUAGAGUUUGUGUGGAUUUUCGUAAUUUAAAUAAUGCCACUCCAAAAGAUGAAUAUCCAAUGCCUGUGGCCGAUCAACUUAUUGAUUCGGCCGCUAAGCAUGAAAUAUUGUCUUUUAUGGACGGCCAUUCAGGUUAUAAUCAAAUCUAUUUAGCCGAGGAGGAUGUUCAUAAAACAGCUUUUAGAUGUCCUGGGUCAAUUGGUACUUUUGAGUGGAUUGUGAUGCCAUUUGGCCUAAAAAAUGCCGGGGCUACUAAUCAAAGGGCAAUGAAUUCUAUCUUUCAUGAUAUGAUUGGCCGAUUCAUGGAAAUUUAUAUAGAUGAUGUAGUUGUGAAAUCAUCGGCCAAGAGACAGCAUUUGGAACACUUGAAAAGGGCCUUUGAAAGGAUGAAGGUUCACAAAUUGAAAAUGAACCCAUUGAAGUGUGCAUUUGGAGUUUCAGCCGGGAAUUUCUUGGGGUUCUUGGUACACAAACGAGGUAUUAAAGUUGAUCAGAACAAGGUUAAAGCUAUUAUAAAUGCUAGGGCCCCAGCCAACAAAAAACAAGUGCAAAGGUUCCUCGGCCAGGUAGGUUUUCUUAGAAGAUUUAUUUCUAACCAUGCUGGCCGAGUGCAUGUCUUUUCGACUUUAGUAAAAUUAAAGUCACAUGAGAAAUUUCAUUGGGACGAAUCCCAUCAGAAGGCCUUUGACAAAAUAAAAGAAUAUUUGGCAAACCCCCCGGUUGUAAUGCCUCCAAAAAAGAAGUGGCCGUUAAAGCUUUAUUUAUCGGCCGCAGAAGAAUCAAUUGGUAGUAUGCUCGCACAAGACAAUGAACAUAGAAAGGAGCAGGCUGUCUACUACCUGAGUAGAGUACUAACUGAUGUAGAAUGCAGAUAUUCCUCAAUUGAGAAGCUUUGUUUAUCCUUGUACUAUUCGGCCAUGAAGUUGAGAGUAUACAUGCAGCCUGUUGAUGUUUACAAUCUUUGUCAAACUAACGUGAUCAAGUAUAUGCUAUCAAGGCCAUUGAUCACUGGCCGAAUAGGUAAGUGGGCUUUGGCUUUGAUGGAAUUCAGUUUUAUCUACAUCUCACAAAAAUCAGUAAAAGGAAGGGUUCUGGCUGAUUUUUUGGCCGAUCAUCCUUCAACUGAUAUUGAUCCAUGGGUUUAUGAUGAAUUGGAGUCAUCAGCUAUAUUCUUGACUCCUUGGAUCUUGAUGUUUGAUGGAUCAAGCACGGCUGAUGGAGCAGGAGCAGGUAUUGUUAUUAUUUCGCCAGCUGGCAGAAAGGCUUCAUUCUCUUUCUUUUUAGAUUUUAAAUGUUCAAAUAACCAGGCCGAAUAUGAAGCGCUUAUAAUCGGCCUGGAGAUUUUAAUUGAAAUGGCUUUUUGGCCGAGAGGGCAGAAUAAGGAGGCCAACAGCAUGGCCCAAGCAGCCUCAGGAAUAAGAGUACCAGUCGGAAUAGAAGAUCAGUUGAUAAAGAUAACACGAAGAUCUUUGCCAUCGGCCGAAUUGAGAAAUACUAUGUUUGAUACUUGGACAAUUGAUGUAGAAGAUUUGGCCGACGAUGACUGGAGGAUACCAUUUAUAAUGUUCCUUCGAAAUCCAAACAUCAAGGCUGAUAGAAGUAUUAAAAGAAAAGCGAUCAACUUUGUGCUCCUAGAUGGGGAUCUAUACAGAAAAGGGUUAGAAGAUGGGCUCUUACUACAAUGCAUAAGCAAGGAGGAAUCACUUCAGGUUAUGGCCGAGGUACAUGAGGGCAGCUGUGGGGCUCACCAAGCUGGGGUUAAAAUAAGAUGGCUGAUUCGCAGAGGUUGGGGCCUUGACCUUAUUGGUAAAAUUAAUCCACCAUCAAGCGAAGGCCAUCACUGGGUGAUUGUUGCCACAGAUUAUUUUACUAAAUGGGUUGAGGCCAAGGCUUGCAAAGCGGUUGAUCAGCAAACAGUGAUUAAUUUCAUGGAGCAAAACAUCAUCCACAGAUUUGGGAUUCCAGAAACACUGGUUUCAGACAAUGCAACAGUAUUUAGAGCAACUGAUGUACUACAAUUCGGCCACAACAUGAAUAUUCAUAUGUCAGCCUCUACGCCAUACUAUGCUCAAGCAAAUGGCCAGGCUGAAUCUUCAAAUAAGAUUCUAAUUGAGAUCAUUGAAAAAAUGAUUAAAGAUAAGCCAAGAAUGUGGCAUGAGACUUUGUCUGAAGCUUUAUGGGCCUAUAGGAACUCAAAAAGAACAGGCACAGGAGUUACACCAUACAUGUUAACUUAUGGUCAUGAUGCUGUUCUGCCUAUGGAGAUGAAGGUUAAAUCAGCCAGAGUUGCUUUUCAAAAUAAUCUAACUCCAGCUGAUUAUACUCAAGCAAUGUUGGUAGAAUUGGAAGAUUUGGAUGAAUUUAGAAGGGAUGCUUUGGAUCAUAUCAUAGCUCACAAGAAGAAAGUGAUGAGGAUCUAUAACAAGAGGGUAAAACCUAAGUCCUUUGCUGAAGAAGAUUUGGUUUGGAAAGUUGUUUUGCCAGUGGGUAAAGUCGAUAGGAAAUAUGGGAAGUGGUCCCAAAAAUGGGAAGGGCCAUACUUAGUCCAUCAAGUCUUAAGUGGAGGAGCAUAUAGGCUGAAGUAUUUCAGUGGCCGAUUACAUGACUAUCCCAUUAAUGGCAAGUACCUCAAGAGGUACGUACCGGCAAUCUUUGAAAGGGAAAAUUAG